ACGGCGCCCAGAGCGAGGCUGGGGUAGAGAGGCCGACUGAGCUGGAGUCGUCCGCUUGUAGUGGAGGCUGCUAGGGUGCCGGCGAGAGGGUGAGCGGGCGAGCAGGCGAGUGAGCUAGCGCAGGCAGGAGGGAGAGUCGCACGGCGCAGAGGAGCGCCGGGUUCGGGCAGCGGAGACUCACAGCCGCAGAGGGGCAGCCCGAGCCGGGCGCCGCGGGGUCCCCACCCCCACUCGGCCGGACGGUGCCCGGUGUUCCCCCGUGCGGGGGGCGGCGGCGGCUGACGGGACCGGACAGAACCGCGGGGGUGUUGCCACCUCCACCGAGGAGCCGGCGCGGCCGCGGGCUCCUCAGAGCCGGGGCCCGGGGCCCGUGACAGACGGGCCGAGGAAGGGAGAGAGGCGGCGGCGGCGCAGGCGACGGGGAGGCAGCGGCGACACCAUGUCAUCCCCUAGUCCGGGAAAGAGGCGGAUGGACACGGACGUGGUCAAGCUCAUCGAGAGUAAGCAUGAGGUUACAAUCCUAGGAGGACUCAAUGAAUUUGUAGUGAAGUUUUAUGGACCACAAGGAACACCAUAUGAAGGUGGAGUAUGGAAAGUUAGAGUGGAUCUUCCUGAUAAAUACCCUUUCAAAUCUCCAUCUAUAGGAUUCAUGAAUAAAAUUUUCCAUCCCAACAUUGAUGAAGCGUCAGGAACUGUGUGUCUAGAUGUAAUUAAUCAAACUUGGACAGCUCUCUAUGAUCUUACCAAUAUAUUUGAGUCCUUCCUGCCCCAGUUGUUGGCCUAUCCCAACCCCAUAGAUCCUCUCAAUGGUGACGCUGCAGCUAUGUACCUCCAUCGACCAGAAGAAUACAAGCAGAAAAUUAAAGAGUACAUCCAGAAAUAUGCAACAGAGGAGGCACUGAAAGAGCAGGAAGAGGGCACCGGAGACAGCUCAUCGGAGAGUUCUAUGUCUGACUUUUCGGAAGAUGAGGCCCAGGAUAUGGAGUUGUAGUAGAAAAAGCACCUGCUUUUCAGAAAGACUAUUAUUUCCUAACCAUGAGAAGCAGACUAUAAUAUUCAUAUUUAAACAAAGCAAUUUUUUUUAUUACUAAACAAGGUUUUUAUGAAUAAUA